CCGCAAGAAUCGAUCCAUUUGUUUACGGAGGUCGUCUGCUAGAGAGCUCGACGUUUCUGACGUGUCCAGACGUUUACGCAUUAUGCUGUGAGAAACGCGUUUUUAUGUGACUGCUGCGGGCAAACGGAUCCGCGAUGCCAGGCACCGAAGAUAGUACGACAGAGUUGGGGGAGAUAGAGAAUGUCAGGGUGGUGGUGCGAGUCCGGCCGUUGAGCACCAAGGAAUUCGACAGCCGCUGCAAGAACAUCACGGAAGUGGAUACUCUAAAUGGCGACAUCACUGUGGAGAAUCCCAAUGCGGCACACGGGGAGCCACCGAAAGUCUUCUCGUUUGACGCGGUGUUCGACACGGAUUCCACGCAGGUGGACAUCUACAACGAGACCGCCAGACCCAUAGUGGACAAGGUGUUGCAGGGAUACAAUGGAACAAUCUUUGCGUACGGUCAGACUGGUACUGGCAAAACUUACACCAUGUCGGGUGCCAAAACCUCACCGCAGGCAAGGGGAAUCAUCCCGAACACGUUUGCACAAAUUUUCGGACACAUAGCCAAGGCCGACGAAAAUCAGAAAUUUCUUGUGCGCGCGACAUACUUAGAGAUCUACAACGAGGAAGUACGCGAUCUGCUUGGUAAGGACCAGAAUACGCGGUUGGAGGUGAAGGAAAGACCGGACAUUGGAGUGUUUGUGAAGGAUCUGAGCGGAUACGUGGUGAAUAACGCCGACGAUUUAGAUCGCAUAAUGUCGCUGGGAAACAAAAAUCGCGUUGUUGGAGCUACUGCCAUGAACGUGUCCAGCUCCAGGUCGCACGCGAUAUUCACGAUCACCGUUGAAUCUAGUCAGAUUGGUGAGGACGGGGAGCAGCACGUUAAAAUGGGGAAGCUACAUUUGGUAGAUUUAGCUGGAUCAGAGAGACAGAGCAAGACGAAAGCGACGGGCCAGCGACUCCGCGAGGCCACUAAGAUCAAUUUGUCACUGUCUACAUUGGGGAACGUAAUAUCCGCUUUGGUUGACGGACAAAGUUCUCACGUGCCUUACAGAAACUCCAAGCUAACCAGGUUGCUGCAGGACUCGUUGGGUGGAAACUCGAAGACUUUGAUGUGUGCGAACAUUAGUCCAGCAGAUAUAAAUUACGACGAGACCAUAAGCACUUUACGUUACGCGAACCGCGCGAAGAAUAUCAGGAAUCGCGCGAGGGUCAACGAGGACCCGAAGGACGCCCUGCUCCGUCAGUUCCAAGUCGAGAUCGAGCAGUUGCGCAAACAGCUGGAAGAGAAUGGUGCGCAGCCCUCGGAAUCCGAGGAAGAAUCCGAAGAUUCGGAUGAACCCAAAGAAACGAAGCGCGACAAGAAAGCCCGACGUCGAAGGAGUCAGAUACUGUCGAUGGAAGAGCUGGAAGACAGAGACACAGACUCAACAGAGAAGGUCGAUAAAGCUGAGAGAGACGAUAAGAGUCCCGUGGACAAGGACGUCAUCGAACUGAAAAGAACUCAGAGCGAGAAAGAAGCGCUGCGCGAGAAGAUGCAGAAUUUGCAGAACAAGAUCUUAGUGGGCGGUGAGAAUUUGUUGGAGAAAGCGGAAGCUCAGGAGCAGUUGUUAGCGGCCGCCGCGGUCGAACUCGACCAGCGGAAGAGCAGAGAGGAGCAACUGAAGAAGGCCAUCAAGGCGAAGGAGGCGGAACGCAUCGACAUUGAGGAGAAGUACUCGUCUCUGCAAGAGGAAGCGGCCGGGAAAACGAAAAAAUUGGCCCGCGUAUACACGAUGUUGAUGUCCGUGAAAGCGGAGCUGUCCGACUUGCAACAGGAGCAUCAGAGAGAAAUGGAGGGGCUCCUGGAGGGUGUACGGGGAAUCGGCAGAGAAUUACAGUUGCAGAAUCUGAUUGUGAACCAUUAUAUUCCCGUUCAAUAUCAGACGAUGAUCAAGAGAUACGUUCACUGGAAUGAAGACAUCGGCGAGUGGCAACUGAAAUGCGUGGCGUAUACCGGGAAUAACAUGCGCAAAGCGCAAACUGUGGCACCGGCAGGAAAUAAUAAAGAUGCAAUGCCGCCGGACAUGUCGAACAUAUAUCUCUCUUACAACAACGGAAUAGACAAUACGUUCAUACCGAAGAAAGUGCGGAGUCGCUCUGGCGUCCCCAGACCAACCACGGCGCACCGACGCACGCCGCAUUGAGGACAGAGAAGUUCCUCGGCCGCGAAAAGAGAACAGAGGUUUAUCUUUACCCACAUUUUUUUGUAGAUCUAUAUUUGUUUCUUUUUUUAGACUUGUCUACGUCUAUACAUUCGCUCGCGCAACUGUGCAGUAUACUUCAAUACUCACAUCGGUGACCCGUGUGAUUAGAUUGGACUCGUUUUAAUAUUUCAGUCUGACAUCUUGUAUUAUUUUUUGCGAUCCUGAGAUUUUUUUUAUACGAGUAUGACAUACGAGAAAGAUAACUCUGUCAUGCAAAUCCGAUUAAUUGAAGAUACGAUUUGAACAGCGAUCAUUAUAGAAAGGCAAUCGACAUAUACAUUGAUUUAGAUACUUGUUAAUUAUGAGAUUUAGAUGCAGCAGAUGGACGCAGAACUAUUUAUUUAAAUGCAUUCCUUUUUUAAUUUUUUUUAGUACGCGUAAGAAGCACAAGUAUUUUAUUCCAAACUAUUCAAUUUCUUUUUUACUUGUGAUAUCGUUUGUGAUAGCAAGAGAAACAUACUGCAACACAUCGUGCAUUUAAGUUACAUACGUCUUCGUGUUAUAACGAUAUUCGAGAGAAAUCAUUGUUAAUGUGGAAACCCGUUAAGAAAAUGGAAAUGAUGCUGUACCUGUGGUAUGAAAGAGAUAUGGGAGUUUCGAAGAAAAGACAUUCUUAAGAAAAGUUUAUCUUGUAUUUAGAAAUUCAUGUAUCUUCGGUAGCUUUGUCCGCGCUUACGCUCUUCAUAAUAAUUCCUUUAGGUAACUUUCGCAUAAAAACUAUUAAGUGAGGCGAUAAAAAAAAUAAACUAGAACACAGCGCAUAUUUAUAAUUAAUGUCAGUAUUAGUGUAAAAUAAUCUCGAUAGCAUCCUGUAUAUCUUCAUUUGAUGAAAUAGUCAUCCUUAUGUGCUGUAACGCUAUCAAGGGAUUUUACGUUUUGCAUUGUAACAUGCAAAGAUACUUGAAAGACAUUCGAUUAUGUGAAAAAUAUCUGAGAAAAAAACAAUAGUUGAAGACGUCUGGUCUUUUAAAUAUAUAUUUCGGACUUUCACGUUAUUCGAAAAUGUUUUAUUACGUGAACCUUUUAGAUGGCUCACGACCAAGUAUGUGCAUUUAUCAUUUACUGUGAUACACGAGAUACUUUCGCGUACGUUUUCGAUUUAGUUUUUUAUCAACGCGUCGUUCAGCGUUGUGUAAGUAGCCGCUCAAUGGUAACGCUGAAUAUCUAUUGUUGCCAUCAUGUGCGUAUCCUGUUUUGUAUUUAUAAUUUGAGAAAUAAAGAAGACAAAUUUCAAAC